AUGUCUUUGCUGAAUGAUACUCUCGACGAGCCCAACGGUGUAAACGGGACCACGAAACCCACCGAGAUCCCCGUGACCAGCAUCUUCUCCAACUUCGUCGCCCAUGUCCAGCCAGACGUCAUGACCAGCCCAAUACGGGAACGACUGAAAGAAUAUAUUCUCGACUAUAUCGGCGUGACUCUCGCGGCCAGCCAUUCGUCAGACUCGACCGAGCCGAUCUGCAACGCGGUCAAAGCCCUCGGCGGCCAAACAGGGACAUGCACCGUCAUCGGCAAGGGAAAGGGAUACACGCCAGCGUACGCGGGACUCCUGAACGCAACCUUAGGCCACACGCUCGACUUCGACGACACCUACGCCAAAGGCACACUGCACGCCGGCGUGACUGCGAUCGGCGCGGGCUUGACCCAAGCAGAAGUGCUGAAUCUUGACAUCGACAUCAACCGCUUCCUGCUCGCCGUGGCUGUCGGGUACGAAAUCACAUGCCGCCUCGGCCGCGAACUCGGCAACGAAGCGUACGCGCGCGGCUUCCACAACACAUCGACCGCGGGCAUCUUCGGCGCAGUGGCGACCAUCAGCGUGCUCAAGUCGCUGGACGUCGCCACCGUCUCCAACGCCUUUGGGCUUGCAGGCUCCAAGGCCGCCGGGUCAAUGCAGUACCUGGAGAACGGGAGCUGGAACAAACGCCUGCAUCCGGGGUUCGCGGUGCACGAUGCCUUCCAGUGCGUCGCGCUCGCGGAGGCUGGCGUCCUCGGCGCAGCCAAGAUCGUGGAAGGCGCCAGAUUCGGUUUCCUGCACGCCUACAGUCCGAAACAGGACAAGGAUCUGUCGUAUCUGGUCAGCGACCUCGGGUCGCGCUGGGAGUUUCUCGAGACGUCCCUGAAGCCGUUCCCCGCAUGUCGUAUGACGCAUGGGUUCAUCGAAUAUGCUGCCAAACUGGGGAGGGACAGGGGGUAUACCAAGGCCGCCGAUGUCAAGAGGAUCACGUUGUCGCUGAGUCCGAAUAAUCUGUUGGUCGUGGGCGCCAGAACGCCGAAUAAGGUCCAUCCCGAGAAUAUGGUCGACGCGCAGUUCUCGGCGUAUUUCACGACCGCGAAUAGUUUCCUGUAUGGCUCGGAUAAUGGGAUCAAGUGUUAUGAAGGGAAUCGUCUGCGUGAUCCGGAAGUGCGCGCGCUUACGGACAAGAUUGUUUGUGUGGCGGAUUCGUCGAUCACGCAGUUCGGCUCGAGGAUCAGCGUUGAGUAUGCUGAUGAUGGGCUCGGGGUGGAGGAGGUCGACAUCACGUUUCCCUUGGGUGAGGCGCAGCAUCCGUUCACGAGGGACCAGGUCGAUGCGAAGUUCUUGAGUUUGGUCAAUCCUGUCUUGGGGGAGACAACAGCCAACGGGAUCAAAGAUGUCGUUGAUCAUAUUGAGAAACAUACUGUCGUGGAGUUGUUGGGGUUGUUGUACUGA